GUAGUGUAUAUUCUGCCUUCGUUUAUCCAAGAAUCUAUUAAUCAGUUUAUUCUGUUCUAACGUUUCCAUUUCAAAUUUCAUUUUACCCAUAAAAAGUGAAAAAUGGAUACGACCACAGUCAACCGUGCAAAAGCGACAUCUACUGAUUGGACCUGUUGUUGCAGCCUACAAUUUGCUCAAUUGUUGUAUGAAAUCACCGCUAUAUAUCAAGUAAAUCUGAUAUACUGACUGAAUGUUUAGCUACAGCACUCAUAUCCAUGUAACAGUUACAGUUGUAUUUUUCAAACCUGAAUUUCGAUGACGAAAAAUAAAACCUUCUUGGAGACAAGAUUUACCCAAAGUUGCAAUGGACUACUCCACUUUGAAAAGCUGGCGCGUAGCACAUCACGUUGGCGGAGAGUCGGAAGAAGCCGGCGGUUCCUGACGCGCCCAAACACCUGGUGACGCCGGGAGGCGUUAUCACAACUAACACGGGAUACAUGAGUCUGACUGCCUGGUGGCCUCCCCAUCCAUGCAGUUGAGGGAGCAGUUGGAUGCUCAAUGCUCCACACAAAUCCAGCAUCUGGUGAUACACAGAAGAAUAAGAAACACACUGUAGCAAGCUGUGAUGAUAGUGUCUCCCAUACUGACUGUCACUGUACUGUGCUAGUAUUAUAUUUAUAGUAACAUUACAGCUUUCAGGCCUACUCAGAAAUCAGACAUAAGUUCAGAGCUGCUGUUUGCACAAAGAAAGAUCGCUGUAUAGACCCUGACACAACAGCAACUUAAAAGAUGUCUAACUCUUGUGACUACUGUGAGCAAAAGAUGUCUAACUAUUGUGACACCUGUGAUCGUGAAGUUUGUGGCAAACAUUCUGCACAGUACCACGAGGAUGGCUCCUGUACCUUUGGAAAAAAAGACAGAAGUUACGAGCUACGUGCUGAACUCACCAGACAGCAGAAGAAUGGUGAGUUUGUGGACGUGGUGGUGGAGAUAGAAGGCAGGGAGUUCCCUUGUCACCGGGCCGUGUUGGCGGUCACGCCGUACUUUCAAACCAUGUUUUCCUCAAACCUUGCGGAAAGCAAGGCGAAGGUUAUAACACUACAUGAUAUUGAUUCUGGCAGCUUUUCCAAGAUUCUCGACUUCGUGUACACGGGAGAAAUCUUGAUUGGUGAAGACGACGUCCAAGACAUUCUGCAGGCAGCACACAUGCUGCAAGCUGAGGAUGUCCUAGAGUGCUGCCAAAAGUUCAUUGUAAAGAACCUUUGCCCAUCCAACUGUGUGGGUGUCAUGUGCCUUGCCGAUAUGUAUGGCUUGUGUAGUUUGAAAACGACAGCAAGAAGCAAGGCGGUGUCUCAGUUCUCAGAGGUUGGACGAUGUGAGGAGUUUCUGAGCCUUUCAACACAGCAGCUGUUGGAUCUACUCGAAGACAAGGAGCUGCGAGUUGAGAAUGAAGACGACGUUGUCCUUUCCAUGAUACGAUGGCUCGACCAUGAACCAGAAAGCCGCAAGACUGAGGUAUCCAGAAUUCUGCCAGUGAUUUGCUUAUCUCGUGUAAGGGUCAGUGUGCUUGAGAAGCUUGAGGUCCACCCUGCGAUACCAAAGUCACCUGGAUGUCUUGCCAAAAUCACAGAUGCAAAGGAGGGACAUUUCAGUGGCUCACCUAAGCUGAUGGCGGACACAGGAAGAGAGGAAGAUGGAAGAAAACCCAGUUGUGGGAUUUCAGACGAACUGGCAAUAAUUGUAGGUGGUUGGAAGGCAGUCACUCAAGCGCUUUACAGUGAAAAUCCCACAACACCGACGCCUCUCCAAAGCAUUAUUUGUAUGGAUAUAGAUCGUGAUCAAUGCUACCAUGUCACUGACCUUCCGACACCCAUCGUUGGAUGCAUGAGUGUCGCAAGUGCAGGACGAUACUUGUACGUGACAGGAGGGCGCGCCCUGUCUUUCCUUCACCCAGACCCUGGCGGCAGCAACAUUCCAUCCAAACAAGCCUUUCGGUACGACUUUGCUACGGACACUUGGAAGAGGUUACCCGACAUACCUCGCGACAGGGCAGGGCACCAGUCUGCCAUUGUUGAAGGAAAGCUCUACCUGGUUGGAGGCGACACUGCGGCGACGUUGUUUAACAUGUUCAGUAUAGAGUGUUUCGAUAUUGAAGCAGAAGCAUGGAUACAGCCACCCAAAGUGCCUGCUAUCAUCCCGUCACCUAACCUGAAGGUGAUAGCAUGUGGGGGUAAGGUUAUGCUCAUUCAGGGACUUAAAAAGAAGAGAAGGUUCUGUGUCCAUGCCUUAGAUGUUAAAACUCAACGUUGGACUUAUGCCAGCAGGCAUGCUUCAGCCAGGAACUUAGAUGCGGAUAUCAGAGCAACAACUGUUGAUAACAAGGUUCAUUUCUUUGUUGAAAGGUAUGUCUUUGCAGAUGUCUACACCUAUGAUGUUGACAAGGAAACCCCAUCUAUUGAAGAGGAGAAGCGGAAUACAGAAGAUGUCAAAGAGGAGCUUCACUUAGUUCACGGGGUAUGCAGGAGACGCAAGCACUAUGUCAAAGGGCAGAAGAGUAUCAUCAACACCAUAUCAAGAAAAAACUAUGAACUGCUUGCAGGGAAGGACAUAACUUACUACCAUGUAAACGGACACAAGAGACGGACCCUUCCCUUUGCCUUGUUUGGCCACAGAUUCCUUGCAGCUAAGAAAAGUCAUGUUGGAUGGUACUGCAGGGACCAGCUAGAAAAAGUGGAGGAGCAGGAACUGCAGGAUUUGUUAAGAUAUUAUGAUACAAGCUCAGAUGAUGACUGCGACUACGACUGAGUCCCAGACAUAAUCUUAGGUUUGUCUGUUUCUUCAUAUAUAUUUGCCAUCGCUGUUAAUGAAGCCUGGCCUUUUGACAAGUUACUGGGGAAGGUGCUUGUAUUAAUGGCAAGAACAGUUGCCUGUUUAUCAUAGACUGUCAGACAAACUAUGCAGCAGAGAUUUUUACAAGAAGAACCCCUGUAUUUGUAGCCUGCCUAGCUACAGUGUACUUUGAGACAACUUGGGUACCUUUUACUGGCAUUUCUUACUUAUGUUGGUUACAAUUUCAAUGUUUAUGAUUUUAUUCCAUGUAUAUAUAACGUUACAUAUUUACCUUGCCCAAAGUGAUGAUUUAAGCAAUGUAUUUUUUAGCUUCUACUAGUUUUAGCUUUAGUAUAAUCUAUAUAAUGUAAGUUCUAUAGGUUGACUUGUUUACAUUUUGGUCUAAAAAGUCGUCUGCGUAUUAUUACAUACUAAAUUCUGACAUUGUUUCUAUAUGUAUACCAAUCGAGGGUAGAAAAACAAGUGCCUGUAACGCCUUCAACAUUUUAACAAACUGUGUAUGAGCUCAUAUCUCCACUGGUAUGAAAAGUUAAGUGGAGUAUUAAAGGUCUUUAGAAUACUUAAAAGACUCCUCUUAUACAGAAUGAGGCCUGUUACUUUCAUUCGCUAUGUCAUUUUUAAUGUCUGUUCUCUAGGGGUUUGCUGACAGAUCUCUCUACUGUACAUAUAGCUAGCCCUGAAAUAAAAACCAGUUUUACUUUUAGCAU